AUGGAGACAACACUCCCGUUGCCGUUCCUGGUGAGCGUUGCCAGCCCCAACAAUCAACCCACCAACGAUGGCCUCAACCAUCAAGAGAUUGCUCUUCUCGGAGCUCCAUUUUACGAAAAAGCUUCCAAGGAUUGGGGUCGCCCGAGUGCUGGGACCAAUGUCCACAUGGACGCUACAGGCUUGAGCGACCCGGACGAUGUGGUUGCUUUGCUUGAUAGUGGAGUACGAACGGUUUUUGUAACCUCUGAAUCCUACUCAGAGUACGAGCAAUAUGGCGCGAGAGUUAUUCCUGCUGUCUCGUCACUCAUUCUUUCUGCAGCUACAGAGCACGGUUUACUGGUCAAGGAUUUCGACGUCUCGUCAAGUGACGUUGACAAGUUCAUUGAAGUCGCGCAGUCCAAGCAGAUCAAGAGUCUCUACGUUAAGCCCACUCCUGAAACCGAUAUCGAGAAAUUUAUCGAGGUGGCCAAGAAGGCCAACGCGAUCCCAAUUAUCCCUUCCACACGAUUAACGACCGAUAAGAACGACUCGAGCCGAUUAUUGCUGUCGAAACUUAUCGCCUCAUACUGGAAUUCUGACCGAACUGAUGGACUGAUCCCCACUGUUGUCACCGAUGACGCAGGAAUUGCUUUGGGUCUCGCCUACACCAGCGAAGAGAGCAUUCUGGAGGCUCUACGAACGCAAACUGGCGUUUACCAGAGCCGCAAGCGUGGCUUGUGGGUGAAGGGACUCACCUCUGGCGACACUCAGGAGUUGCUGCGAAUUGGCCUCGACUGCGACAAUGAUACUAUCAAGUUCGUGGUCAACCAGAAGGGUCGCUUCUGCCACCUGCAGCAGUUCGGUUGCUUUGGAGAUCUUAACGGUAUCUCCGCGCUAGAGCAAACACUCAAGUCUCGUAAGGAGUCUGCCCCCGAGGGAUCCUACACUGCUCGCCUGUUUUCGGACGAGAAGCUCCUCAGAGCGAAGAUUAUGGAGGAGGCAGAAGAGCUGUGCGAUGGCAAGACCAAGGAGAACAUUGCUUUUGAAGCUGCAGACUUGAUCUACUUUGCUUUGACCAAGGCUGUUGGUGCUGGUGUUAGUCUCGCUGACAUUGAGGCUAACCUGGACGCCAAGAGUCUCAAGGUCAAGCGCAGAACAGGCAAUGCCAAGGGCAAGUGGGCUGAAAAGGAGGGAAUCAAGACAGAGGAGACCCCAGCCAAGGCACCCCAGCCAGAAGCUGAAAAGCCUGAUGAUGGACGUAUCGCCAUGGAGCGAGCCGAUUCUACCAAGAUCUCCCAGGCUGACCUUGUAGAGAAGCUCAAGAGGCCUUCUCAGAAGUCCCCUGACGCUAUCUUGAAGAUCAUUAAGCCUAUUAUUGAAGAAGUACGAACUGGCGGCGAUAAGGCUGUCCUAUCCUAUACCCACAAGUUCGAAAAGGCUACCUCCUUGACGUCUCCCGUCCUCAAGGCUCCUUUCCCCAAGGAAUUGAUGGACAUCUCUCCUGAGACCAUUGAGGCCAUCGACAUCUCUUUCGAAAACAUCAAGAAGUUCCACUCUGCCCAGCAGGAGGAGAAGUCUCUCCAGGUCGAGACUAUGCCUGGCAUCGUUUGCAGUCGCUUCUCAAGACCUAUCGAGCGCGUUGGUCUCUACAUUCCUGGCGGAACUGCUGUUCUCCCCAGUACCGCGCUGAUGCUUGGUGUGCCAGCCAUGGUCGCUGGCUGCCAAAAGAUUGUCUUUGCUUCGCCUCCUCGUUCCGAUGGCCGCAUUACUCCAGAGAUCGUCUACGUCGCCCACAAGGUUGGUGCUGAGAGCAUUGUCCUGGCUGGAGGUGCCCAGGCUGUCGCUGCUCUUGCCUAUGGUACUGAGAGUGUAACCAAGGUUGACAAGAUUCUUGGACCUGGUAACCAGUUCGUCACUGCCGCCAAGAUGCAUGUCAGCAACGAUACCAACGCUGGUGUAGGUAUUGACAUGCCUGCUGGUCCUUCAGAGGUUCUUGUUGUCGCUGACAAGGACGCAAACCCUGCCUUCGUUGCUUCUGACCUUCUCUCUCAAGCUGAGCACGGUGUCGACAGCCAGGUCAUCCUGAUUGCUGUUAACCUUAGCGAACAAGAGCUCCAGGCCAUCGAGGAUGAGGUCCACAACCAAGCUGUAGCACUCCCUCGUGUUGACAUCGUCCGAGGCUCAAUUGCCCACUCUGUUACUGUCCAAGUCAAGGACAUCACAGAGGCCAUGCGUAUCAGCAACGAGUACGCCCCUGAGCAUCUCAUUCUUCAAAUCAAGGAUGCCGAGAAGGCUGUCGAUCAGGUCAUGAACGCCGGCAGUGUCUUUAUUGGCCACUGGACUCCCGAGAGUGUCGGUGACUACUCUGCCGGUGUCAACCACUCCUUGCCUACUUAUGGCUUUGCCAAGCAAUACUCUGGUGUCAACCUGGGCUCGUUCCAGAAGCACAUCACCAGUUCCAACCUCACUGCUGAUGGUCUCAAGAACGUCGGCACUGCUGUUAUGCAACUAGCCAAGGUUGAGGAGCUCGAGGCUCACAGAAGAGCAGUUGAGAUUCGACUCAACUAUCUGAAGCAACAGCAGUAA